AUGUCUUCAUCAACAUUUCAUCGAUCUGUUGAUUUCAUUGAUUUUCCUUUAUCAACAACAAGUGAUGAUAAAAAUUCAAGUUUUACACCACUUUAUCGAACAACUGAAGUAGAAAAUCUUCAUGAUCAUAUAAAUAAUGAUAAACAAUCAACAUCACCACCAAAUCCAUCAAAAACAACGAAAAAAGUUUUAACAAAAUGUAUGACUGUUAUUGGUGAUGAAACUGAAAAAUAA